UCGACGACUGACAAGGUAAACGCACUUUGUCAAUGUGCAGGCGUCCAGCACCGACAUCGUUUGCGAGCGUCGGGUGUUGGCUACUCUCUAGCCCCGUCACCCACCGCGCCGUCACCGGCCGCUUCGCGGCGUGCGAAACGCUCGCGUCUCCGCCACCGCUGGCCACCUCCGCGUUUCCCUGCGCCGCCACCAGGGGGACGCUUGCGCCUUGCCCCCUGGCCUGACGCGCGACCCUGCGCAGACGGCGCGCUCCGGCACGGAGCAGCGACCGCCCAGGCAGUCGCUGCUCCGCCCGCGCACCGCUGCCGCCGUCGCCGCCGCCGCUCCGCCCUUUCCAUCAGUGUGUCUCGUGUGUGAGAGUGUGCUGUCUGUCACGCUUGUACCUGCGAGCUGCGUCUCUCCUCCGAGGCUCAGGCUGUGUCUUCUCUCAUAGAUCUGUCAACGAAAACCGCUGUCGCACAUCUUUGAGUCAAACUCUCUCCUGUCGGUGUCGAGGCUGUCGCGUGUCGUGUGCGCGCGGCGAUUGUAACCCGGGAGGCCUGCGCAGCUUC